AUGUCUAAUAAGCAAAAUAUCACUAGCGAGAAUUCUUCAGCCGAUCCUUUGGGUGAAGAUGAUAGCGGCGCCGUGUACCUCAAAGACAUUGCCCAUUCCAAGACCCUUCAACUCGGGCUGCGAGCGAAUUACGCGCCAUGGGAACCCUGGCAAGCGCGUGAUGGCAUUAUCAGAGCCUUAGACCUCGCCGAAGCUGAUUUCGAGGUGGUCCGUGACGAUAAGUCACAGCGAGGACAGGACGAGAUCAUAUACAAGCUCGCCCGACCUGGAAGCAACCCGAAAGAAUGGCUGGCUUACAUCCGCUACACCAACAAGUGUGGCGCUGGUUCUGUCGAGAUUGUCAGCCCUCAGGCUGCCAUUGAGCCCUGGCACCUCGACCUGGGUGGCACCACAAAACAGGGCGUCUCGAACCAGGCAGGCCAGCACGGUGACGGACUCAAUUUAGCGCUGCUGGCUUUCCUAAAGAAGCCGCGGAACCUUGCCUUACGAUGCCUCACCGGCGGCUUCCAUUGGAACUUCACUUUCGACACAGCUGGCAAGCUCGUGGCGAGACUGUACAGGCACCUGGGCAAUGAAGUGCACAAGGUGAUUGUCAGACCAGAGGCUUCAUUCCGCAGUGGGCUGAUUCCUUUCGUGCCACAUUCUAGUCAGGAUGUCAUUUUCGUCAUUGGCAAAGAGUUUUUGGUCAGGGAUAAAGUCGACAAGAACAAGCUUGUACCAGCAAGAGUUGACCUCGGCGAUGUAUUGGUCGGGGCAUCGCUCAUAGGCAAUAUUUAUCUCAAAGGCCUACUUCUCAAGGAAUCCGCAUGUGCUGGAAGAUAUCGCUCCUCUGCCAGUAUGACCGGAAAACCACUGGUAUUUGGCUACAACUUUGGCGAGGGAAACACGAAUCGUGAUAGACAGUUUGUUGUCAAUGCGCGUGAGGAGUCUGAGAAGAUCCAGGAUGUGUGGACGGAGGUUCUGAGGCAGCAUGGUAACGCCACAGUUGAUAUAAUGCACGAGAUGCUCAAUUGCGAAUGGCCCGAAUGCGCGGAUGAGAUAGAAGCCGGAACUAGUACUACUCUAGUGCAGAGAAGAAUGAGCAUCCGCGGCUCGCUCAGAUCAUCCGUGGCCUUGGCCGUGAAGGGGUUCGACUCAAAGGGUCUUACUAACGCAUCCUUCAUCGCGAAACAUCAUCAGGACGGCCGAGCAGGAGCAGUCAAGGCGCUUUCUUGCUGCCCGCGAAAGCUAGGCCUAAGCCCCGAUGCUCGGGUGUCCAUGGUCGUGCUGUACACCGCCAAACAUCUAUUUGGCGAUGUGGUCGACCAGAUGGCGGCCGAUGUCUUCCCAGAAACAGAAAGCAACGGGAGAAAGAAAUCAAAGGAGCAGGAGAGGAUCCAAGUUGAGCAACGCAUGUACGAUUGCUGUCGGAUUCAACAAGGACUCACUAUUGAUGCUCUGAGUAACUUCCCACGUUCGAAGCUGGUCGUAGACUGGAAUUUGAGUGUCGGCUGGGGAGUCAACGAAGAUAUUCUUGUCCAGGUUCACCGGAUGUCUACAUGCGAACAUGGAUUCAAGGCACCGUUGCUGGCAAGAGAUGUGAUGUCACAGAUUUGCUGCCCGCAGGUCGUUGCCAAAGUUUCUCAGGGGUCUGUCAGUAUCGACUCCGUUGAUCUGAUGGCAGGUGAGAAGUAUUUUGCGACCGUUGUACCAACGCAGGAUAUGGCAUUCGUCGUUACUAUUACCAAGAACAUCUGUACAAUGAUGGCACCGGGACUACGGCCUCUGCCAAGAAACGAACGGUAUACCCCGGGUAGCCAGCUCAGACACCUGGAUAUCAUGGAGCCGCGAGACUGGUAUGACGCUCAAGGUGAGACUGGGCGGAAGGGCGUCAUUGGCCCUCCCAGAGCACAAGGUGUAAAGCGAUCCAAUGCGAAAUCACCAUCGGGACUUCUGCCCCUAGCCAAACGGCAGAAAAGUUGAAUUCUACAUAUACGUCAAGUUGAAUGGAUGAAAGGACAACAAGGACCAACCUCAUACCUACUCAUGAUGAACGACAGGCGAAUGACUUGAGUUAUGACAUGGCAGCUCACUUCGCAUGUAUAAGACUCGAUAUGAGAAGCAUAUGGUUGUGAUUACUGACGCGCUUCAAUAUCAGUAGCCAUUUAGUAGUCAUGGCCUAGCUGUCAUUUAGAAUUGAAUUGAUAAACGAAAC